UUCUGUAUUUUCGGUCCACAGUGAACAUUCUAAAUUUUUCUCAAUUUUUUUUUUGUUUUAUAUAAAAAAAAUUAUGCCGUUUAGUUUAAGAUCUGUCCGUAGAUUAGCUGUGGCCCAGAAUGUUCAGGUUCUUAAGUGCGCUGUGCGCGCCAUGGCCAGCGAUGUGACGCUGCUCGAGGUGAUGGAGUGCAAGAUUAGCGAAGAGCAGGAGCGCAUCAAGAAGUUUCGCAAGGAGCACGGCGAAUUCAAGAUGGGCGAAGUGACCAUCAACAUGAUGUACGGCGGCAUGCGAGGCAUUAAUGCGUUGAUCACUGAGACAUCUGUGCUGGAUCCCGAGGAGGGAAUUCGCUUCCGUGGUCUAUCCAUUCCAGAGUGUCAGGAGCAAUUGCCCGCUGCCGAGAACGGCUGUGAACCGCUGCCCGAGGGUCUCUUCUGGCUGAUGAUGACUGGCGAUGUGCCCACCAAGGGACAGGUGCAGCAAUUGUCUUGCGAAUGGGCCGAUCGUGGCAAGCUGCCCGAUCAUGUUACCAAAAUGUUAAAGAACAUGCCCAAGACUCUGCAUCCUAUGUCGCAAUUUGCUGCCGCUAUCACAGCUCUCAAUCACGACAGUAAAUUUGCGAAGGCGUACUCGAAGGGAGUUCACAAGACCAAGUACUGGCUGUAUUGCUACGAGGAUUGCAUGGAUCUGAUUGCCAAGCUGCCGCUGGUUGCGGCUGCCAUCUAUCGCAAUCUGUAUCGCGAGGGCAAGGGACCCGAUAAGGUGGACUCCAAGCUGGAUUGGUCGGCGAAUCUGACGAAAAUGCUGACCUACGACGAUCCUCAAUUUACGGAACUGAUGCGUCUCUAUCUGACCAUUCACAGCGAUCACGAGGGUGGCAAUGUCUCUGCGCACACCACACAUUUGGUGGGAUCAGCAUUGAGUGAUCCUUAUUUAUCGUUUGCGGCCGGCAUGCUUGGACUUGCGGGUCCAUUGCAUGGCUUGGCCAAUCAGGAGGUGUUGAUUUGGGUGCAGAAACUGCAAAAGGAGACUGGCAAGGAGCCCUCGGAAAAACAACUGCAGGAUUACAUUUGGAAGACGCUAAAGUCGGGACAAGUGGUGCCCGGUUAUGGACAUGCAGUGCUCCGGAAAACCGAUCCUCGCUACACCUGCCAGCGGGAGUUUGCCCAGAAGCAUCUGCCCGACGAUCCGUUGUUCAAGCUCGUCUCGCAGCUGUACAAGGUGGUGCCACCCAUUCUCACCGAGCUCGGCAAGGUGAAGAAUCCCUGGCCCAAUGUUGAUGCCCAUUCGGGUGUCCUGCUGCAGUACUACGGCAUGAAGGAGAUGAACUAUUACACGGUUCUGUUCGGCGUCUCUCGGGCACUUGGUGUCCUGGCGUCGCUCAUCUGGGAUCGUGCUCUUGGUUUGCCAAUUGAGCGACCCAAAUCCUUUUCAACGGAAGCCCUUAUCAAGAAAGCCACCGGCGGAAAGAAGGGAAAAGAUAUUAAAAAAAAGUGAAUGUUAAAAAUUCCAAUUCCUGUAUAUAAGUUAGACUGAAUUUUCGGCUCAUUAAUUAUAUUUAUAAUGCAACUAAUGUAAAUUAAAUAUAAAUAGACUUUUAUUUCAUAAAAA